AAGAGACGAUGCACUAGCGCAAAGAACAGUACUGUUGUGGUAAUGACCAUGUUCGUUAUGCAUUGGGAGUGUGGUGGCUCGGGAUACAAAAGGUUGAACACUGCACCUAUUCUUGAUGAACCAUCGCUACUAGUUUUUGCGGAAUUCCUUCGUUUCUUCCCAUCAAGCACUGGUAACCUUUCACCAUGAAGACUAGCGCUCGUUCCCUCCUCGCUCUUGCUGCCCUUCUCACCACCGCCCUUGCUGCGCCGACACCAGCGAACGGAGUGAGCUUCCCUAUCACCGACCUCCUCGACAAGGACCUUACUGUUGAGGAGUAUGCGGCACAGCUUGAGAACCAGAGUGUUGAAGAGCGUGGCCUUACCAAGCGCCAGUACAAUGGUGACACUUACAACCAACUGACCGAUGGUACUGCAUGCCGUCCGAUUACCGUCAUUUACGCUCGUGGCACCACCCAAGCCGGCAACGUUGGCGAGGCUGGCUCAGAAGGUCCAACUUUCUUCAAUGCUCUGGCUUCUCGUGUUGGAGGAAUCAGCCGCUUGGCCAUCCAGGGUGUGAAUUAUCCGGCUAACGUCGUUGGCUUCCUGGCUGGAGGAGAUGCUGCAGGAGCUACGACUAUGUUCAACUUGAUCAACCAAGCUGCCACUCGUUGCCCUUCAACCAAGAUCGUUGUCUCCGGAUACUCUCAGGGCGCACAGCUUGUACACACUGCUACCCAGAGGCUAUCAGCUGCCCAAGCCGCGCGUGUCACCGCUGUUGUAACAUUCGGCGAUGCCGACCGUGACGAGACCUUUGGCCCUGUUGCCGCAAACAAGGUUCUCAUCAUCUGCCAUGAGGGUGAUAACAUCUGCGACAACGGUAUUAUCAUCACCCCCGAGCACAGGAACUACGAGAUCGAUGCUCCUACGGCUGCGGCUUUCGUUGCCGCACGUGUUUGAGGCCGACAGUGACUAAGCCUGGAUGCAGAAUAAUUUUUGGU